CAUUUAGUCAUUCCAAAAAUGUAGAAGAAGCUAUUGAUGCAGCUAAACAAGUUGAAAGUAGUCGAUAUUAUGAACAGCAAUCUCCUCUAUCCUUAAACUAUGCAACACUUUCCAAUGCAUUAUCCGCACAACUUGAAGGAAAACCUGAAAGAAGAAAGCUAAAAGAUGAUAGAAAUCUUAUAAAGGCUUGGGAUAAAAAGGAUCUUAUUUGUUAUCAUUGCCAAGAAAAAGAAUAUUAUUCAAAAGAAUGCAUGUCUGAAAAACCAGUAUAUCAAAGGAAAUCUGAUAAAAGAGAAGCCAGUUAUGUUAGUGUUUUUACGGAUAUUCCUGUAACUUCUAGUGCAAAUGAAGCCCAUGUUAGUUAUUCUACUACUCAAGAUCAACAGAAUGACGAAUUAGAACAAGUUUUGGAUGAUUAUGAGGAAGAGGAACUUAGCGAAAUUGAAGCAUAUAUGGCAGACAGUCAAGAAGAAUAUGAGGAGGAAACUGACCUUCUACCCCUCGACUACAACCCCUGA